AUGCCGAAACCCAAGGCUUUCCUCAAGGAGUCCAAGAGCAAUAAAAAGAAGUCGGCGCAGCGGGCGCCAGAAACUGCAGAUGAAUAUCUAGCUCUCGGCGUGGAACAAGAAGAAGCCGGCGAGAAAUGGCGCGCCGGUGAUGCCGCCAAGUCCCUGCGCUUCUUCAUGCGCGCCAUCAACACCUACGAUGAGGGCUUGAACAAGCACCCCGCUGCAUUCGACCUGGCCUAUAACAAAGCGAGGGUCCAGUAUGAGAUCACACAGCAUCCCAAGCUGGCUGCACAGCUGUCCGCGCCCCUGGUGGACGUCCUCCGCGUAGCACUGGAGUCUCACAGGGCAGCCCUCGGGCUGGAGCAAGACAACGCAGACGCGCUUUUCAACACAGCUCAGGUCCUCACCAGCAUUGCGGAGACUCUGACUGAAUCCAAGCAUCCCUCAGACGAUCAACUCUCGCAGGCAGUAAAGCUUCUGCAAGAAGCCAUUGAGCUCUUCCAACGCUGUCUAGUUCUUCAAGAGCUGAAGUACACAGACAUGCAGGAGCAGAUCCGACAGAUGGAGGCAGGCGAGACGGGCCCCACGGAGGCGCGGGCGCAAGACACGCAGUUGGACGCCCCUCCUGCUGAUGAAUCGAAAUCCGCAGAUCAACAGGAGCAAUGGGCAGCCAUUGUGGAGCCUGUGACAAAAGACACGCUUGUCGACACGGCAGUGGCACAGCUCGAAACGCUUACAACUCUCUGCAAUCUACUCACAUUCAACCCCGGCGUUGGAAUUAGCUGGGUGGAAGAGUAUUCAUCGGACCUGCUUCAGAAGCGGAUUUCAGCCUAUGUUGAAGGGUCCAACAGACACUAUGAGGCGACCCUGGCUCGAGCUAAGUUCGCCUGCUCUCUGACCGAAGUAUUGUACAGAAGUGGACGGAUAGAAGUUGACACGUAUUCCGAGGAGGUUUCGCGUGCUUUCGGGCCUGGUCUGGAUCUCUCGGCCGAUCCGGGUGGCCUUUGCAGCAAAGCAGAUGCGCUCACGUCGUUCAACACAGCGCUAACAGACCUCCCGCCUUUCGAACCGGAAUUAUUCGCCAAAGCGCUGUCGUUGCGAUGGCAAUCGCUAUCGGCUGCUCUGGAGGCGUUAACGAAGGCAUCGAAACACCCCGAUGCUGAAGACCUGCCCAAGAUUCACCUGGCAAGGGGGGACGUGGAGAUGAGCAGAUGGAGGCUUGGACUGUCUCCAUGGGAGUAUGGUAUGGCUCAGCAGAACGCAGCGCUACUGCUUCGCAAUGCCCAGACCUAUUACCGAGGCGCCGCAGCCCUAGCCAGGAGAGACCGGGCGGCAGACGAGGAACGGGACGGGACGUGUAAAGAGGCGAUCGCAGCUGCCUUGGAAGGUCAAAAAGACAAGCUUCGACAGCUCCAAAAGGCGGCACCCAAGGAGCUGAUGAUAGUGGCGGAGGACGUGGUCGACGAUGGGUGGAUGAGUCCGGGCGAUAUGGAGGUUCUGUUGCCGUAG